GUUAGGGGACCUGACCUGGGCGCCCUCAUGAUUCCUCCCACAGGGACACUGCUCGAUCCAUCCCCGUCCUCGACUUCUGUCUCAUCUCUCCUGGGGCAUCCUCACCCCACCUGCUGCCAGCAGUGCCUGGAGAGACCAGGCAAAGGGCAUGUCCCAAGGAAGGACAGACCCAGGCCCCUUCCCGGCUGUGGCCUCUGGUCUGAGGGCUGGGGAGCUUGGCCCUCCGAGAAGCUCCGGGAACUGAGGGGAGGAUUGGUGUGUGGCCAGCUGGGACUGGCGGGUUGGAGGAGGUGCGGCCUGGGAGAGGCGUGGGAGAGCGACACAGAGAUGGGGAGAGAGAGAGAACAGAGACUUUGAGAGAACCGAGGAGAGACACAGAGGAAGUGAAGGAAACAUUCAUUCAUUCACACUCCUCAGUGGGUACUUACUGGCUGUGUCUUGAUAGUACCUAUGACAGUACCAACCCUGCUCCCAUGGAGGCGACAGGUGACAGUGGGGACAGAGCCCAGAACACAACAUAUAAGUAAAUCACCUCUUCAGGAGCGAUAAGAAUGGGAGAGAUCGGGUGCGGGGAAUGCAGGAACCAGGAGGCUAGACGAUUCAGACCCUCCUUAUCCGGGGACCGGGAAGUUCCCAUUUGAAUCCUGCCUGUGUCAGCCCCUCCCCCAUUCUCCCGGAGCGGGGAGUUGGAGGGAAAUGGGGAGGGGCCUCUGCUUGGGAGCAGUAGGGACUUAUCCGCAACAGCGAGAGGACACAAGCUCGAGGACCUCCGUCCCUGCUCAAGACCCCUGCUAAUCUGCGCUGCCUGGUCCUCGGUUAAUGAGGGGUCCUUGGGGCGCAACCCAGGAGGGUGUGGAAAGUGAGGAGUGGCGGUGCUGAGGCUCUAGAGGAUCUCUUUGAUGGGAGUGGGGAAAAGCCCUUUAGGUUGGGGCCGCCCGCGCUGAAGAAACCUCCCCUAAGCAGGGCUCCAGGUUCUCUCACCGCGACGGAGCGUCCCUGGGAGCGCAGCCCAGUCCCCGAGCGGGAAGCUGAGGGCUCGCUGGUGCCAGUCGCCGCCGGGGCGCUCUCCGGUGCCGCGGCGGGUGGCACCGGCUGGCAGCCACGGGCUGAGUGCCCAGGUCCCAACGGGAGGGGUAACCGCUUGCGAUCGCUGUCCCUCCCCGCCUCGGACCCGCCCCCUAGACUGCCAGCUCCAGACCCGCCCCCGAGCUGCACAUUCGGCUGUAGGCAGCACACCACCUGGGCACACGGCCUUGGGGCAGCAGCCCAUGGAGUCAGGGCUGCUGCGACCAGCGCCGGUGAGCGAGGUCAUUGUCCUGCAUUACAAUUACACCGGCAAGCUACGCGGAGCGCGCUACCAGCCCGGCGCAGGAUUGCGUGCAGACGCUGUGGCGUGCCUGGCGGUAUGCGCAUUCAUCGUGCUAGAGAACUUGGCGGUGUUGUUCGUGCUCGGGCGCCAUCCGCGCUUCCAUGCGCCCAUGUUCCUGCUCCUGGGCAGCCUCACACUGUCUGACAUGCUAGCAGGUGCUGCCUACGCCAUUAACAUCCUACUGUCCGGGCCACUCACGCUGCGAUUGUCACCUGCGCUCUGGUUCGCUCGUGAAGGAGGCGUCUUUGUGGCGCUUGCCGCGUCGGUGCUGAGCCUCCUGGCCAUUGCACUCGAGCGCCAUCUCACCAUGGCGCGCCGGGGACCCGCGCCAGCUGCCAGUCGAGGGCGCACACUGGCGAUGGCCAUCGCAGCUUGGAGCGUGUCGCUGCUCCUCGGGUUACUGCCCGCGCUUGGCUGGAACUGUCUGGGUCGCCUGGAGGCUUGCUCCACUGUGCUGCCGCUCUACGCCAAGGCCUACGUGCUCUUCUGCGUCCUCGCCUUCGUGGGCAUCCUGGCGGCCAUCUGUGCACUCUAUACGCGCAUCUACUGCCAGGUACGAGCCAAUGCACGGCGACUGCGAGCACGACCAGGGGCUAGCAAAGGCACCUCCACCCGCUCGCGCCGCACACCACGAUCCCUGGCGCUGCUGCGCACACUCAGCGUGGUACUCCUGGCCUUCGUGGUGUGUUGGGGCCCUCUCUUUCUGCUGCUGUUACUAGACGUGGCAUGCCCCGCCCGCGCCUGUCCUGUGCUCCUGCAGGCCGACCCCUUCCUGGGCCUGGCCAUGGCCAACUCGCUUCUGAACCCCAUCAUCUACACGCUCACCAACCGUGACCUGCGUCAUGCGCUCCUGCGCCUUGUCUGCUGCGGCCGCCGUCCCUGCAGCCGAGGCCCGAGCAGUGUCCAGUUAUCUGAAAGCGCUCCUGGGGCUUCAGGCGGCCUGCGCCGCUGUCUACCCCAGGACUUGGACCCCAGCUCCAGCCGCUCUGAGCGCUCAUCGCCCCAGAGAGAUGGACUGGACUCCAGCGGCUCCAAUGCGCCCACAGCUCCUCGGACCCUGGUACCCGAACCGGUAGCAGAUUGACGCCGUCAAUCUGUCAUUGACUUUCCCAAGAGUUCUUUUGCAGACUUUUUCUUUUUUAAAAGAGAAAUUUGUAGGAGACACAACCAAAAACGGUGGAGACAGAAGAGACAAAGGGAAAAUGUAAACUCCCCAAAAAGAACAGACAAAAAAUUUCCAUCCUUGUGGAAUUGACGUUCUGGUAGGGGAACCAACGGACAACACAGUGAUGUAAUAAUAAUGGAGAUAAUUCCAGUGACCUUACAGGGACGGUAUGGGACAGUGUAGAGGUGAUGACACAUAAUGUGAGCUGAGAUGUCAUUGUCCUGGGGAACACCUGAAGGAAGAGUAUUUCAGGAUGAGAAAACAGCAAGUACAAAGAUCCUGAGGUUGGAAUGUGCCCAUGUAUUCUAUGAAAAGCUAGGAUCUCCAUGUGGGCAGAGCAGCAGAUAUAGGGAGAGAAUGGGAGGAGAUAAGAACAGGAAGUGACUGGGCAGAAUGUAGAAGACCCUGUGGAACCUGGAAUUUUGCUCUAAAGGAAGUUAGAGUCAGGAGGGGUUCUAAGCAAAAGAAAGGACUGGCCCUGAUUCAGGUGUUCACAGGCACCUUAUGGCCAGUGUGGAGGGCAAAGGUGGAAGGCAGAAACAGGUGAAGGGACAGCACUGACCCAAGGAGUAAUGAGGGAGACCCCCACUAUGCUCACACAUGGUGAAUUCUAGAUAGAUUUUGGAGGUAGCAGACAGAAUUCCUAAAAAAUUGGGUGUGAGAAAGAGGGAAAGAAAGCUGUCAGGAGCAAUGCCAAGAGCAGGGCAUCCCAAAAUUUGAUUCUGGGAGACUCAGCCAAAUCCUGACAACAAAAUUUCUUUGAGUGUAGUGUCAGAUAAUUCAUUAAAAAUAAAAUUAUAAUAAAAUGA